AUCUCUAUCUGUGCACUGACAGGACGCACAGAUCUUCACCAUGCAAACGAGAAUCCUGUUGCUGACUCUGACCCUGACGCUGGGGAUCAGCAUGAUGGCAUCAGGAGAACCGCUUCACGCUCAGUGCAAGGUCAUCUGGCUCUUUGCGAUCCCAUGCCAGGACGUUUAUGUGAGUUUGGUGAACCAGAUCAAGGCCUGGAAAGGCAUGUCCGGCUGUAUAACUGUUGGACAGAGAUGCCUGUAUGAGCUGGUGUCUGCUACACCUUUCCACAUCACAGCCAAACACACCAACAGAGAGUGGACCAGCAAAGAGGAUCUCAACUUUCACCUGGUGUCAACCGAAGAAUCAGUGUGUAGAGUGACGGGGUUUUCUAUCUCUAAAGCGUGGGCCAAGGUGGAAGACAACGGCAUCACAUACUGCACUCUCUACAACCUCGUUGAGGGCAGCGGGCUGGUGGACGCUGCGGGUUAUAAGCAGUACACAAAUGAAUGGAUUUGUCUGGAUUACUCGACUGCCAACUGCACCAUCUACUGAUGAGAUCUGUUGGGCUUUGAUAGGAUUUAAAGAGAUAGUUCACCCAAAAAUUAAUUCUGUCAUUAAUUACCCUCAUGUCGUUCCAAACCUAUAAGACCUUUAUUCAUCUUCUGAACACAAAUUAAGGUAUUUUUGAUGGAAUCUGAGAGCUUUCUGACCCUCCAUAGACAGCAAUGAUGUUACCACCAUCAACGCACAGAAACAUAGCAAGGACACCGGUAAAGUAGUCCAUGUGACAUUUGGGGUUCAACCGUAAUUUUACGAAGCUAAGAGAAUACUUUUUGUGCACAAAGAAAAUAAUAAUAAUAUCAUUUAUUCAGCCAUUUUUCUCCCCGAGUUUCCUUCUUCAGCAUUGUUUAUAUCCAGCAUACGCACACUGUCUAUUGAAUGUAAACAAAGCGGACUGUUUGUGGAAGAUGGUAACUCUGGGAGAAGAAUUGUUGAAUAAAUUGUGUUGUUGUUUUCUUUGCGCACAAA